GAUGUCGUUGUGAUCCUGUAUUUGUAGUGCAAAAGGCGCCGGCAAUUGAUUUGGCUGUGCUGUUACCUUGCUCGCUAUACUGGUUGAUCGAACUGCGAAUAACUCUAGCCCCUACUCGCUAGGGUGUUAGGUCUUUAGUUAUCGCUUUGUUUCCUUGCUACGUUCGCGAACGAUGCGCCUGAUCGACGUGAAAGCAUUCCUCAACUUUCAUUCAGGGACAAUCAACCAAGAUACCAAGCUUCUGGUUGACGUCAAUGGUGCUAAUCUUGAGGAGACACCAUAUGCCAUACUGUCUCAUUGCUGGGGUGAGGAAAAAGAUGAAGUGCAAUAUGUGGAGAUGCAGGGACUUACGAAGAUGGACGACGAUACUGCCAGAGAGAGGAUACGGCAGCGCAGCGGGUACCAGAAAAUAUAUAAGAGCUGCGAGCGGGCGCUGCUGCAUGACGAACUAAGUUGGCUCUGGGUGGAUACAUGCUGCAUCAACAAGCAGAGCAGUGCCGAGCUGUCCGAGGCCAUCAACUCCAUGUACGUGUGGUAUGCAAACUCGGAUCACUGCUACGCAUUCCUCCAUGACAUUGAUGCUCGCACCCUUCCUUCGAAACGCGACGACAAGUACUCUCACCACAACGGUUGGCCUAAAUGGUUCUCACGUGGAUGGACACUCCAAGAACUCAUUGCUCCUGAUAACGUCCACUUUUUCAACCAGAAUUGGGAGUACAUAGGUAGCAAGCAAGGCGAUGCUGACACCCUAGAGCUCAUUACCAAGAUUUCGGUGGACGUCUUGCGAAAGGGGCUCAGGCAAUCAGAUGACACGCACCCCAGUGUAGCGCAAAUUAUGUCAUGGGCUGCAAACCGGAGGACGACAAGGGACGAAGACCAAGCAUAUUCGUUGCUGGGGUUGCUUGGUGUGCACAUGCCGAUGUUGUAUGGGGAGGGGAAGAAUGCGUUCCUCCGUCUGCAGCUGGAGGUCAUGCGGACGAUCAACGACCAAAGUGUAUUUGCCUGGGGCUGGACAUUGGCCGACGGUAGCGGUUGGGCUCCCAGCUUCCUUGCAGACGAGCCUAGUCGUUUUCGAGACUGCUCAAAAAUAAAUCGGAUGACUCACAAAGCCCUCAUAGACGCUCUUAAAAAGCACUUCCCGAAGAACAAAGUCCAUAAGAUGGCGCCGAGGGAGCAUUUCAAAACAUUUGAUGUUACUAAUGAGGGCAUUCUUAUAUCACUAGUUCCUGCAACGUGAUUCCUCCGGAGUCUCGGAGCUUUUCUCCGCAAUGCUGGCAUGCUGCGACACCCAAGAUGGGUCGAGUCCCAUAACCAUCACCUUGCGGCAAAGUGGUCCCGACUCCAAUUACUCUAGGUAUUUCCGCCGUCGUAUGGUAUCUGAAUGGAAUGCAAAUGUGCCCAUCAAAAUGGAGAAAGUCUUCCUUCCUUACCGGGAUAACAUUGACCUCAACAUCAGAGGCCCACUGUCCAGACCAAGUAGGCUUGCAC